AGUGUGUGUGUUUUCAAAGACUGACUCAGAACACUCACACCUGAAGGAGGGCCAGUAUUGUUACCUUUUAUUUUUAUGCUCUGGUGGAGAUGGCAAGCUGCAACAGUUUCCCUCUCUCUAGCUGCCUCAUCGUCCUUCUCUCCCUCCAGCUGCCCACAGAGGGAUCAGGAAAGAUUGACCAAAGGAACUUGGUCAUGCUGGGGACAAAAGCAGAACUGCGCUGUCCUGUAUCCAUCUGGAUGGUCCCUCAGUCUGUAGAGGUGAAAUGGCUACGGACCCAGAAGUCUCAGGCUUCCCAGGUUGUUCACGCAUAUCGGAAUGGGCAAGAUUUAUAUGGAGAGCAGAUGCCACAAUACAAAGGGAGAACGGCCUUGAUGAAAGACAGCCAGGAGGACAAUUUCAUUCUGGAGAUUUAUAACGUCCGACUCGAAGACCAAGGUCAAUACUAUUGUCAGAUCCAGGCUGGCUCUCUGAGCGAAAACGCUUCUGUGAAACUGGAGGUUGCAGCACUGGGCUUGGAUCCUUAUAUUCAUAUGGAAAGCUAUGAACCUGGACAGAUUCAGCUGGUGUGCAGAUCCCUGGGAUGGUUCCCAAAGCCUCAGAUUCAAUGGAGAGAUACUCAUGGGCAGAUACUUCUAUCAGAGACCCAAUACCUGGAUAAGGAGGGGCUAUUCCAAAUGAAGGCUUCUAUUACUGUGAGAGACAGCUCUCCAGGGAACAUGACCUGCUCUGUUUGGAAUGCUGCUCUUGGUGAAGAGAAGGGAACAACUCUAUUCAUAGCAGCUUUUCCCCCCUUUCAUGUCGCCCCCUCAACAAUGGGUCUGGCUGUGAUUCUGUCUAUGUUGGGGCUCCUCAUUGCAGUGGGUAUUUAUAUCAUAUGGAAGCAACGCAGAUCUAGAGAGAAGCUUCUUUACCAGCAAGUGGUAGAGAUAGAAAAUCUUCUUUCAGAUCAUGGGAAAGAGAAAGGGAGACUUCUUAAAGGACUCGAGAAACAUCGGGCUGAGCUCAAAUUGAAAAGAACCGCCGCAGAUGCAGGCUGGAGAAGAGCCAGACUGCACCCGGUGGAGGUGACUUUGGAUCCAGAUACAGCUCAUCCCAAACUCCUCCUCUCCGAGAAUCUGAGAAGUGUGAGGCUUGGGGACAAACGGCAGGAUGUUCCUGACAGCCCUAAGAGAUUUGACUUUGUUGUCAGUGUCCUGGGGUCUCCAAGCUUUACGUCUGGCUGCCACUACUGGGAGGUGUGCGUAGGAGACAAAACCAAGUGGAUCCUUGGGGUGUGCAGUGAGUCAGUGAACAGGAAAGGGAAGAUCACGGCAUCACCUUCCAAUGGACACUGGCUGUUGCGUCAGAGUCGGAUGAAUGAGUAUGAAGCUCUCACCUCCCCGCAGACUUUCUUCCGCCUCAAAGAGAGACCCCGAAGCGUGGGCAUUUUCCUGGACUAUGAAGCUGGCUUUGUCUCCUUCUACGACGCGACCAACAAAUCUCACAUCUAUACGUUCAUCCAUACUUUCUCUGGCCCACUUCGCCCUUUCUUUGAGCCUUGCCUACAUGAUGAAGGGAAAAAUGUGGCUCCUUUAAUCAUUUGUUCAGGAUCACAGAGCUCUGAGGAAUUCAUUUACUCUAACCUAUCUCCGGAGACUUCAAAAGGAGACAAACUGACUUCAGGCAUUGGUAAUGGGAGCGUACCCACAAAGGCAGGCCAGGCACCAGAUCUUUACCCACUGCAAGACAUUAUCUCAUCCUGGCCCUCUGAUAUCACCCCAGCCCUUCAGGGGCUCAGGGCCCCAUCCUUUUAGGGAGGUGUGUAUCUCAUUACUGUGCUCCCACCUCAGUCCAGCCCCCAACAUCCGAGCUUGUCAGUAUCUUGAUCCCUCACGUUAACUCUGGGUGUCUUGUAUCCUUACCCUAUGUACUCUGUAUAUACCUCAAUACCUCAAAGAUCCAUGCUGGUCUCUGUGGAGCCUCCCCUCACCGUGGCAGGUCACAGCUCCUCUAUAACUUAAUAGAUGAGCUUUGAGUUGUUCUGAGUGAAAGACAUCAAGCACCCUAUGGUCAGCCUGGUGGCAAGUCUUUCCAGACUCAGCUAGACUGGUCUUUGGAUGACAGAUGCAAUCCAUCAACGGGACUAAAUGCAAAACCUUUUCAGCUUGACCUUCAAGAGCCCAGUGUCCCUUCCAAGCAACGUUGAGGCAUUUGAGUAUUUUAAGGCAGGAUCCUGUAUAAAAUUGUCUCCACCAAUACUUCCUUCUCAGGACUAAAAUUCUCCAUGUUAUCAGUUUCCCUUAACUCCAGACUCUUUAGAAGAAAAGGACUAGAAACCAAUUAGGAAAAGAGAGGCUGAUGUCCUCCUGGGCAUUUUAAUGAUAGACAGCUUGAUGGUGUAACAGAGGGAGUACUGGAUGUGGAGUCAGAAAGACCUGAGUUUGAAUCCUGCCUCAGACUCUUGGUAGCUA